GUGAUUGGUCCAUAGUGCCCGCUCCAGCCCGGUGAUUGGUGGAAGUCGGUGCCGGCUGGUGAGGGUGUCCGGGGAUCAUGGCCGCUCCGCAGCUCCGGGACCGGCUGAGCUUCUUACACCGACUCCCAAUUCUGAUGAAAGGAACGUCUGAUGAUGAUGUCCCAUGCCCUGGCUACCUGUUUGAAGAGAUUGCUAAAAUUUCCCAUGAGUCAGUGGGAAGCAGCCAGUGUCUGUUGGAGUACCUCCUGAACCGCUUACAGAGCAACUCCUGCCAUGUUAAACUCAAGGUGCUGAAAAUUUUGCUCUACAUGUGUAGCCAUGGCUCUGCAUCCUUUUUGCUUGCACUCAAACGCAAUUCUUCCUUCAUCCAGGAAGCAGCAGUAUUUGGUGGUCUUCCAGAUCCUCUUCAUGGAAACAGCUUGUAUCAGAAGGUCCGAGUGGCUGCCCAGGACUUGGCGAGUGCUUUGUUUUCUGAUACCUUGUUGCCACUGCCUUCUACCCAGUCUCCUAGGUCCCUUCCUUCAACAGGUAUGGGAUCCCAGUCCAGUUCCUAUAGCACCCUCCAAGGCUUUGGCUAUACCAAGGACAGAGGGAGCUCUGGCUUUGCUGGUGAAGCCCUUCUCACCACCAUCCAGAAGGCCGCUGAGGUGGUGGCUAAUGCUGUGCGCCCUGGGCGUGAGAGUCCCACUGCCCAGAGCCAGGUGCUGAGGGAGGAUGCCUACCAGCCUGUAGUAGCACCUUCUGCUGGCCAAGGUCACUUUGUUCCUAGAAAACCACCACCUGGGCCCACCCAGAAUGUCCGAGUGAGGCACCAGCCUGGGCAGGCGGGGGGCGGCUGGGAGGAGAUGGACAGUGACCCCAGCUCCCAGAACUCAUCUCAGGACAAUGGGGAACUCAGCAGAGCCUCCAACUCUGGCAGUAAAUCCGACAGCGACAGCCACUCGGGAGCCAGCCGGGAGAUGGGUGACGUAACAGAAAGGGUAGAGGCUGUGCCACUGAGUGACUGUCUACAGGAGAUGAGCCUAGUGAGCGCCGUGACCCAGGGGCCGAGGGUCUUUCUGACUCGAGAGGAGGUGCAGCAUUUCAUCAAAGAGUGUGGGCUGCUCAACUGUGAAGCAGUACUGGAACUGCUGAACCGGGAACUUGGAAGGCCCAGUGAAUGUGUUCAGAUGAGAGCCAUGUGUGCCAUCUUCUCCCUCAUGUGCUCAGAUCUGCUUUCCCAGGACCAUAUCUUCCUCAUCAUCCAGCCGAAGCUGCAGCAGCUUAGCGAGGGCAGCCCUGGCCCUGUGACCAACAAGGCAACCAAGAUCUUGAGGCACUUUGAAGCCUUGUGCCGAAACCAUCCCACCCCUAGAAGACCCCUGUCUGAGGCCGGCAGUGGUGUGUCUCGCCCCUCUCCCUGCCCUGCUGACCUGCUGACAGAUGUUGCACCAUUUUCUGGAGGAGAGUCAUUCCUCCAGCCAGUGAGUUCAUCCUCUUCCCUGCCUGGGGGAACAGCCCCAGCAUCCUCAUCACACCAGGAGAUGAAUCCUGUCUCAGCACAGGGAGAUGUGGCUCCUGAUGGAAGAAGUGCCGAAGAGGUCGAGACCAGAUUGGCAGUUUCAGGUGAGCAGGGGCCUGGGUCUAGCCAAGACUCAUCAGGCACUAACACAACACAUGGCAAAUGGAAACCAGACGCUGUCCCUGAAAGCAGCCUCUUGAGCCCCACCACUGGCACAUCCUCUUUGUUUGACGGCAUGGAGUUGGUGGCUCACACGGGCGUGGUCAUGACCGAGGCUGGUAAAGAAGAGCUGCUCCAGCUCACAUCAGCUUCUGAGACUCCAUGGAUCUCAUCCAGAGAAGCCGCCUCCCAGCAGCCUCCGGGGCCAGCGCUCUCUGCCUUCGCCUUCUUAAACGCAUGAGUGGCCAGUGCUCGAGACUGGGACGCUGCCCCUUGUCUUCCUUGUCUUGAGAAGGACUCCGCACAUUUGUCUGCCUUUCCUUCUUCCCUUUUAUGAUCACUCAUGUGCUCAUGGGCCCUUCUGGGGGCCCCUAAAGUGUCAUUUCCACUCUUGUGUUUCUUUUCAUCCCUGUCUGCUGUGUCUGCAUACCUCCUCUGGGGGAUGUCUCACCACCCCCAAACCAACUCCUAGUGAUGGCAACCCUAUACUAACUAAGCGGGCCACUGGAAUACCCAAGUUAGAAACAGAAGGCACCAGGGUUCAUCUUGGGUUUUUUGAUCAGCAACAGGAAAAGGGAAAUUAUUUUAGCUGUAUAAGGAAUGUCCCACUUAUUACUUCCCCAGAAUUUGAAAGAACUAAAACCUGGAGGUUUCUGAUCAAUGUUGAACCUUCCUCAAACAUUAUAUGAAAAGUGAGCAGAUUUGAUCCCUUCUUUCCACCAUGAAUGUUUGUUUCCCUCUAGUAGAGCUAGUUUUAUGUUUCAGUCAUACAUGCCUUAUAUAUCUGUGUGAUUUUUCCAUGGAACUUGGAAAGAAUUGGGCCACUAGUUAGGUUGUUCAGGAUUAUUGUGGGCCCCUGCAGGAAUGUGAGUGACACAGAAACUGUGGCCCCUCACUAGCAGUCAAGGACUCUUUUUAACAAUACUUUGUGGCCUUAGGAGAGAGGUUGGAUCCUAAACCACAUCACCGGGCCUUCCUGACCAGGAAAGAGGAAUUUGGUAAGGUUGUUGUGAUUAGGAAACUUGGCUUUCUUGAGCUAUCCCCAUCUUCCAGACACAGAGUUUGUGAGCUCUCCCCAGAGCUUACACCCAGGCAGGUUCAUGGUUAGUGGCUCUCCAGACCCCUUAACCAAUUUAAGUGUGGAGCUAAACAUUCAGCCAGACCCUUUCUGGCUCCAUCUGUGGGUACACUCUUAGCAAUUUGGGCAUUCACUUGCAUACUGUUUCAGUUGAGCUCAUUAAGCAGAAAAAGAGGCCUUCAGUCCUUGCAAGAGCUGCCUUGUCUUCACUCCUUAAUGAUCAAGAAGGUUUGGAGAGGAAAGAAUCAUUUUUAUAUAAUCAUAGAAACCCACAGAACCCGGGGAGAGAAUCCUUUGGUUAAUUUCCCUCCUGGGAAUCCAUUCUGUUAGAUCCUGUGGAUGCUUCCUUUCUAUCUUUAACACUGACAGCUCAACUCUGAGUCACACUGAGGGCUAAAGAUCCCUGAAUAGGUGGGCUAGAGGAGUUGUAUUUAGUUCCAAAUGGCCUUUGGGUAUGCCUUUAGGCUCAUUAGUAAGAGAACAUAGAAAUCUCCAACCCACAGGUUGAGAAUUUUAAUAGGCCACAGGACUUUGGCCUGAGCUGCUAUAAUUGCUAGAUCAUUUGAAAUUGGGUGGAGGGCAGGGUGGGUGAUUCUUCCCUUCUUUUGGAAGGCAGUGAUUGACAUUUGAAGGCAUGUAGUCCACCCUUCUGCCCUCCUUUCCUUCCAUGCCUCUCCUCUGGCUUUGGCCUGCUCGUUCGGGUUUGGAUCCCUAUGGUGCUUGAGAGCAGGUUGUAAAGGUGCUUCCAGAAACACUGGCCUUCUGCUUCUUGGCCCUAAAAACUACCAAAGCCCUAGCCAGGCAGGGCCACUAGCCAGCUGCUGGGUCAAUACCUCUAGAGCAAGAGGGCUCAUGGCAGUUUUGCCCGCUAUGAUUUAGAAACUCCAAGUAAUCCUUUUGUUUUUACCCUGGGUGUGUGUGUGUGUGUGUGUGUGUGUGUGUGUGUGUGUGUUCUGAAAAUUCCUUUUUAAAUGCCUUGCCAUUCUGCUGAAAAUCUUCCUUGCUCCGUGGUAAUCAUACUAUUUGAAAACCAUACUGUUACCUUCCUCAAUAAUGGAGUAAUAGAGAAAUGGAGAUUUCACAAGAAAGUGUCCAAUCGAAGGAGUGGACUGUGGGUCAAGGUUACAUCUUGUGGUCUAGCCUCCUGUUUUCUGACACCUCUUAAAAUUCAUGUGUUGGUCUUCUUUUCUGUGUGUCUCUACUUUUUGGCCAUAUUUAUUCUUGCCAUAAAUUGUUGUUUAGAACUUUGAGGGUGGGGAGAGCCCUGGAGGAAGGGUAUAGGGAACAUCCCGUCUCCGUGGAACUUGUGAAGGGUGCUGGUUGUUUACACUUUCUUAAUAAACACUAUUGGAUAUUUA